UCCUCCACUUCCAUUUCGCAUCCCCUCCUUCUCCUCCACUUCCAUCUGAAGCUCCAUCGUCUUCACUUUACUCGGCCGCAAGCAGCAAGGCUUUCAGAUCUCUGGCAGAUCAACUUUCCACCAAUCUUCGCAGAUCUCUGGCAGAUCAACUUUCCAUCAAUCUGCGACUACGCUGAAAGUUCCUAGGGACACCAUCCACACAUAACGGGCUCGGAGAGAGUUCGAGUCGCAGCUGUACGUGCACAACAAGGACGGUCAAAAUAAAAAUUGCUGCUUUUUCUUGUCUUUGCGUUUUUUUUAAAAGGAGGAACAAAACCCCCGGCCUCUGCAUCAAUCGAUGCAUGCAGCCAUCAGGUCUUUGCGUAAUAGGAGUAUAUAGGGAAAAGAACCUACCGACUACAAAUGGACCACAAAGCUACUACCGCACUACGAGACCUAGAGCAUAUAUUAGUCGAGGAAACAGCUGAGCCCAAGGCCCUGCCAUUAUCACUUUUGGAGGACAUCACAGGUCAUUUCUCCGAUGACAUGGAAAUUGGACGCGGUGGAUUUGCAGUGGUUUAUCAGGGGAAAGUUGCCGAUAAGAAGGUUGCCGUGAAGAGGCUGUCAAAAGCUUAUAUGCAUGAAAAAGAAUUUGACCAAGAGAUUCAGUGCCUGAUACGGGCAAAACACAAAAAUGUAGUAAGAUUCCUGGGAUAUUGUGAUGACAGACAAAGAAAUAUGGAAAGAUGCGACAAAAAACUUCUCAUGGCAGAUGUCCACCAAAGAUUGAUGUGCUUCGAGUAUAUGCCUAAAGGGAGUCUUGAUAACUAUAUCAAUACACAUCUUGAGUGGGAAACGUGCUACAAAAUAAUCAAAGGGAUCUGCGAGGGCCUGCAAUACCUUCAUGACAACCGUAUUAUUCACUUGGAUCUGAAACCCGCCAAUAUACUGCUCGACAAUGACAUGGUACCAAAAAUAACUGAUUUUGGCCUGUCAAGGUGCUUAGAUGAAAAUCAAAGCCAAGUGCUUACCAAAACUGUAUCAGGAACAACGGGAUAUUUGGCCCCAGAACGUUUUCAAGGGAGUGGAAUCAAACCCAGCGGUGACUUGUAUAGUCUUGGUAUUAUUAUCAUGGAAAUACUGACCGGACAGAAGGCGCAUCAAACUAUUGAGGAUGUAUUUGAAAGUUGGACUGAUAGGUUGGAGAGAUCACAACAAGACACAGUCUACGGACAAAUACGUGUAUGCUACGAGAUAGCUUCAAAUUGCACACAGUACCAUCCAAAGGACAGACCAGCUAGUGCACAAGCCAUAAUUGACAGGCUUCACGAAAUGGAGAGGAUCCAGGUUUGGAGGCGUAUGAAUAAUAGCCAAAGUGAUUUCUUGUACGGCUUGUUUGAGGAAAUAUUUUACUAUUCUCCCACUCCGGCUCAGCCACCAGAUCUCGUCGAGAUGAAGCCACCGUUGCCUGCGAAGCUCGGCCCACGCGACGUGGUGAUGGCGUCGCCGUACCCGUACGAGAUGGUAGAGGUGAUGCCGUACCUGUGCCUGAGCGUGGUCAAGGCGCGGGACCUGCCCACCACCGGCGACGGCGUGCUAGACUACCCCUAUGUCUAUGUGGAGGUGAAACUGGGCAACUUCAAGGGCGUGACACGACGCCUGGAGAAGAACGCCAACCCGAUGUGGCAACAGCUCUUCACCGUCUCCGCCGCCCACCUGCAAUCCAACCAGCUGCAGGUUAUCGUCAAGCACAAGCACAAGGACGUGCUCCGUGAUGAAUUUGUCGGUCGUGUCGUCUUUGAUAUGUCCGACAUCCCCAACCACUCCCCCCCUAAUAGUCCGCAGUGGUACCACCUUUCCGAUGCCCAUGGCGAGAGGUUCCCACAAGGCCGUAGCCUCGGCAAGAUCAUGCUCGCCGUUUGUCUUGCCACAAAGGUCGACGAGGCCUUCCCGGAGGCGCCCUCCCUGUCCUUGCAGGAGCUCACCGAUACACAGUCCAAGGUGUACUACUCGCCCAAGCUCAUCUACCUUAAGGUCACCGUCAUCGCGGCGCACGACCUCGUCGGCACUAAGAAGGACCGACCGUUGGCGAAUGCCAUGGCCAAGAUGCAAAUAGGCAGCCAGAUUAGGCGGACGCGGCCGGGGCAGCCGCAGGGAUCUGUGAAUCCAACAUGGAACGAGGAGUUCUUAUUCGUGGUCAGCGAGCCAUUUGAGGACCAGCUAGUGGUGACGGUGGAGGAGAAGGUCGGUGCCGGGAGGGACGAGCCCAUUGGCCGCAUUAUCAUCGACAUAGCCUACUCCGUGCCGCGCAACGACCUGGCCAAGUCGGUGCCGUCCAAGUGGUUCAGUCUCUCACGCGGGAGCAAGAACAAGGAGUCGACGUUCGCCAGCAAGAUCCUACUCAGGAUCAGCCUGGAGACGACGUACCACGUCAUGUACGAGUCGAUGAACUACAUCAGCGACCUGCACCCGGCCACGUGCUUUAAACUCCGGGAGAGCGCUAUUAUUGGCAUCCUGGAGGUGGAAAUCCUGGGCACACGUGACCUGGCCGCGGGCAUGGAGAGCCCGUACGUCGUCGCCAAGUACGGCAAGAGGUGGGUGCGCUCAUGCACGCUCCUCGACACCACCGCGCCGCAGUGGAACGAGCAGUGGUCCUGGGACGUGUUCGACGUCAACACCGUCAUCACCGUCGCCGUCUUCAACGACUCCCACGGCGAUGCCAAUGACCAGAGGAUCGGCAAGGUGCGCGUUCGCCUCGCCACCCUCGAGACGGAGCGCAUGUACACCCAGUGCUACCCGCUCAUGGCGCUGAGCCCGUGCGGGCUGAUGCAGACGGGGGAGCUCCAACUUGCAGUCCGCUUCACCUGCAAGUCAUGGGCCAAAAUGCUGGCCAUGUACGGGAAGCCACUGCUGCCCAAGAUGCACCACACCAACCCCAUCUCAAUGUUGCAGCAGGACUACCUCCAGUUCCACGCGAUGGGGAUGGUGGCCUCACGGCUUGCCAGGGCCCACCCGCCACUGAGGAGGGAGGUGGUGGAGUACGUGCUGGAAGUCGACUCCAGCAACAUGUUCAGCCUGCGCCGGAGCAAGGCCAACUUCAACCGGAUCACCUUGCUCUUCUCCGGGGGCGGCGCGGUCGCCGUGGGCAAGUGGUUCGACGGCAUCUGCAAGUGGAAGAACCCGGUGACGACGAUACUGGUGCACGUGGUGUUCCUGAAGCUGGUGUGCUACCCGCAGCUGAUCCUACCCAUUGUGUUCCUGUGCAUGAUCAUUAUCGGGGCCUGGAACUACUCCCGGCGACCACGGGGCCCUCCACACAUAGACACGAUGCUGUCACGCGUGGACCCGAACGAGCUGGACGAGGAGUUGGACGGACUGCAGCCACCGUCCUACAUAGAUACAAUGUUGCGUUGGUACAAGGAUGUUUCCUACCCCGAUGAGCUCGAUGAGGAAUUCGACAAGUUCCCGACGUCCAGGCCCCCGGACAUCGUGAGGAUGAGGUACGACCGGCUGAGGAGCGUCGCCGGCAGGGUGCAGACGGUGGUGGGCGACCUGGCCAUGCAGGGGGAGCGCGCGCAGUCGCUGCUCAGCUGGCGCGACCCGCGAGCCACGGCGAUAUUCAUCACGCUCUUGCCGGUGCUGGCCGCCGUACUGUACCUGACGCCGUUCCGGGUGCUGGCCAUGGUGAUGCUGCUAUACUUCCUCCGGCCACCGUGGUUCCGGGGCAGGACCAACCUGCUCCUCAACUUGUACAGUCGUCUGCCUUCCAGGGACGACUGUAUGCUAUAGGCCGGUUUGUUUUUUCAUGCGAUGAACCGUGAUGCUAUAAGGUUUGUUUUGCAUGCAGGAGUUGUUCUUUUUUCUUCUCUUCAUUUUGGUUAUCAAAUAAUACCAUCAUUCAGAAAAUGAUGGAACACCCAAUUAGUUAUGCAUUCAAAAAUUAACUUACAUGUCAUGUUGUAACGGCAGUAUCAUACUCUGUGAUUGCCCAACAAGAGACAUCGGGAUAAUUCACUUCUAUAGAC